UCUCUCUGGUCCGGGGGAGUUGAUUCCUGGCCUGACACUGCGCCGUGCCGCAGGAGAGGCGGAGAUGGCCGCGCAGCGCUUCUCCACGCCGGAGACGGACAGCGGGCUGCCCCCGGCGAACGCCUCGCUUUGCCUGUCGCCCAUCAGCCCGCGGCGGAGCCGCCUGCAGGAGAAGGAGGAGCUGCGCCGGCUGAACGAGCGCCUGGCCGCCUACAUCGAGGGCGUGCGCGGCUUGGAGGCGGCCAAGGCGGCGCUGCAGCAGCGCCUGGCCCAGGGCGAGGAGGAGAGCCACGCGCGUGCCCUGCGCCGCCGCUGCUACGAGGGCGAGCUGGCCGAGGCGCGCCGCCUGCUCGACCAACAGGCCGCCCAGCGCGCCACCCUCCACCUCCAGCUGGCCGCCCUCCGCGAAGAGCAUCGCCUGCUGCGCGCCAGGAAUUCUAAGAAAGAAAAUGACUUAAGUCUGGCAGUUUCACAGAUAAGGGACUUAGGUGCUCAGCUCCACUGCAAGGAGGCUGACUUGGCCACAGCUUUCAGCAGACAACAGAGCUUGGAAAAGGACCUUCGAGAAUCAAAGGACCAAAUAACCUCCCUCAAGGAGACCGUGACAGACACCAGAAGCGAGCUUCAGAAAGAGAGGCUGAGGAGGGUUGAUCUGGAAAACCAAAUGCAAACGCUGCAGGGACAAGUGACGUUCCUGAAAAGCCUCCAUGAAGAUGAACUUAAAAGGAAGAAGAGCUUUUAUGAGAGUAAGAUUCAAGAAAUUGAGUCCGGCCGUCAGCAGGAAUUUGAGAAUAAACUACUAGACGCUCUCCAAGCUCUCCGGCAAGAGCAUGAACAACAAAUCGAGGCGUACAAAGAGCAGGUGGAACGGAAUUUUACUGCCAAAGUAGAAAAUGCCCAGCUUUCUGCUGCGAAAAACUAUGAUUUUGCCAACUCUGCCCAGGAGGAGCUCAAGCAAACAAAACUGAGAACUGAGUUGUUGACCUCCCAGAAUGCUGCAUUGGAGACUCAGAUCACUGAGUUGGAGACCACAAUACAGGAGCUGCAGAAGUUGAUAGACUGUGAGCGCGACACACACAAGGCAUGCGUAGCUGAGAGGAACCGAGAAAUGGCGCGGGCACGGCAGCAAAUGCAGUCUCAGCUGGAAGAGUACGAGCACCUACUGGAUAUCAAGCUGGCUUUGGAUCUAGAGAUCAGUGCAUACCGAGCGAUGUUGGAAAGAGAGGAGAAGUGGUUAGGAUUGUCCGGACACUCUUCAGAAAAUCUCGGCAUGCAUUCUACAGCCAGCCGGGGCCACUUCGGCCUGCAGGGAAAGAAAAGGAAACGGCCCCUAGUGGAAAAACAAGACCCCAAGUUUGGUUUCAAAGAAGUCCAGCUUGCUUCAUCUUCAGGAAGCGUUUCUAUAGAAGAAGUUGAUGCAGAAGGGAAAUUUGUCAGAAUUAAAAAUAAUUCUGAUCAGGAUCAAUCAUUAAGUGAAUGGACACUAAGAAGAGAAUACAGAAACGGAUCUGACAUAAUGUACCAGUUUCCGACACAAUUCACUCUGCAGGCUGGUCAAGCAGUUACAAUUUGGAGCGCAAGAGACGAUUCCCAGGAGCUUGGCUUGACUUUUGUCUGGAAGUCCCAGAAGUCAUGGGGAAGCGGAGAGGACGUCAGUAUCACUCUCCUGAACACCAGUGGGGAAGAGACUGCAGAAAGAAAGAUUGUCUAUGCAGAAAGAAGAGGAAGACAAGGGGAAGAGGCGGAGGAGGAAGCAGCGGAGGAAGAAGCAGCAGCUGAGGAGGAAGAAACGGAGCUUCACACUCAACAAAAUGGGAGCCACAUCUGUCCAAUUAUGUAGCCAAGAGAAGGCGGUCAACAUCUGCAGAACCUUCCGUCAUCUAAAAGACUGUGCUCCGCCGUCUGCCAAGAAUUCUUUUCAGAUGACGUAUGAGUCAGCCUGCCGUGUUCAGCUCUCCUGCACUUUCUACUACUCUGUUAAAUAACCGGGUUGGGAUUGGAGAGGAGGGAGCCCCUUUCAAGCUAAGCAGUGUUGAGUCGGGGGAGUUGAAUCAGGGAAACUGGAUGAGGAUGCAUUUGCCAGAAGUCCCAAGGCUAAAACAGGGCUUUUGUCCUAAUGUAACUGCUUUGCCACCAAAAUAUUUUAGAAUGAAAAAGGCUUGGCCUCUGGUAUUUUAGCAGACGUUAAUAUUCGACUGUUGCACUUUCUCACAUUAAAAAUUAGCAGGUGGUAAGGAGCUAUUUAUAAACAUUUGGUAUAACUGGUUGAAGCAAUUGCUUUCUAUUAAAGGUUAUCUCCUUGCAGUGGUGCGACUGGAUUAAACUGGAACAGAGUUUGUAAGGAUGAAUACUGGAGGUUUUUGAGACUUAACUCUCAAGUGUUUCUGCUGUGGCGAGCACCAUCCAGAUAUAUGCAGGCCGGUGUCUUCAAGCUAGAGUUUGUCCUUCCUCCAGGACAGGCACACUUUUGAGUCCAAGCAUGGUUAUUCAAAAUGGGCUGGGGGGGAGCAUAAUUGGAGCAGCAAUGCUCUUUUGGUGUUUAAAUCUUCCCCCCUCCCAACCUGCACUAGUAGACAUGUACAGUGCAGCCCUGCAUUGGAAAAGAAGAAUCUCAUCCAUCAUAUACAACAGGAACCUGAAAAUAUUGCGUUUUUCGAUGA